AAGCGUCGGGCGAGCUUCAUUUUUCGACUUGGAUCAGACGAGAGUACCACGAGCAGGAACGAGCAGAGCGCCCGUAACGCCAAACCUGCUGUACUACUCCUUAGAGACUGGAGCACGUCAGAGCAUGGGCUCAGCUCGCAGGUUGUUGCUUGUUGCCGUUUUAGGGCUCGCUAUUGCAGCAGAUGCACGUACGAGUGCAACACUGUCAACUCUAACGCUCUCCCCAACUGCUGAUUCGCUAAUUACAACAAGGAGCGAUUCGACCAAGAACGAUUCUCCAUCGACCCCUGCUGUCAUCGGAAGCGCCGAAUCGGACACCAAUAAGGCCACACAAGCUCCAGCAACUCUGGCCCCGGCUACCACAGUUUCGCUUACCAGCAAAACUACUGAUCCUCCUUCUACAACAGCGCCACCUACCAAUCGUGCAUCGGAGUCAACGUCGGCUUCUGACAGCGAAGAGCAAAACACAGCCGAAAAACCCGCAAAGGUUAGUCCUUCGGAUCGUAGCUCUCUUGACUCGGUUACUCAAACCGAUGCUCCACCAGCCACGUCGACAUCGUCCAAGUCGUCGACAGCUUCCGUUGACUCUCUCAACGACAGCAACGGUGGCAUAAGUGCUGGUAACACGUCUUCCGGUAGUAUGGGUACACUCCUUCCAGCCUGUCUUGGCGCUCUAGCUUGUGUGGGUGCAGUUGUCAUGGCAGUCACGUACAAAAGAAAGCGCGACGUGAACGGAGAUGACAACGACAAUCGUCCCAGCUCGGACUGUGAAUACACAGGCGGAGGGGACUUCACCCCCGAAAACCGAACGCUCAACACAGUACAGGAAGGCAACACUCCGAGUUCCAUUAGCGUCGAUGUGGUGCCGCCUUUUACCAACUCGUCCGUCGGCUCAACGUCCCCAUUCGGUACCACUCGCUCCAAGCGAGCCCAACAUGGAAUUCCAAGACACGUGUCUGCGUCACGAAGGAGGAAGCAACGUGGUGCUCACUUUUGA